AUGUCGGAAACCCAAUCAACGGUACGGCGUACGGUGCAGUUUGUGUGUGAUCUGUGCCGUCAGCACUAUUCCACCUUCGAGAUCCUGAUGACUCACAACCGGCUGCGACACUAUCAUACGAUCAAGUUCGGUUGUGGAUACUGCAACGAAUCGUUUCGCAACGAGGACGAUCUGUACUGCCACUUUGUCCUGACGCAUCACGUGGAUCCGUAUGAGGCUCGUGGUCCGGCCGAUCAACCACGGAAUGCCAGCGAAUCGGAUGAUGGUGAUGCGACCGAGGAACUACUGUCGCCCGCCGUCCGAAGAGUGGACGAAACGUGCCCCCAGAUGCGGCUGAUCAGCGAAAGUGACGAUGGAUCUGAGUUCGGGCCGGAUGGUGAUGAGGAUGAUGGUAGCGAAUCGGUCGACAGCGAUACGGAACUGAACUACAACGAGCUGUACAUAAGACGCAAACAGAGUGCCCUGACGCAGGAAGAGAUCUCCGAGAUGGCCGACGUGUUCAAAAAGACGGUCCAGGCUACCUACACAACAAAGUGUACGUUCUGACGUUGGCUUAAACCACGUGGCCACUGCGGCCUCUAGCGUAUCGAAGCAGAAUAGAGGAGUGUAUCUUUUUCUAGGUCUAGGAUUCGAACACCGAAUCGAAGGGCAUUCGGGAUUCAAUCGAACCAUAUCUCUCCGGCAUCUGGAGGGGUGUCAAUGUAUGCUAACACUUACGGAGGAGGACACUUACGGCAGACAGCUCUUCCUUGCGCUUGCGAAGCUAUCUUGUGCGGUGCAUUCGAAUGGAUUGUGCAAACGGGCUCAUGACUGACGGGGUGUGUGUCGUGCCUUGCCUCCCUACUACUCGGCGCCUCUGGCGCGCUAAUGGCUUUGAAAUAGUUUUCGCAAAUAUUAUGAUUUGCCGUCUGGUAAGACGUCGACGGGGCCCCUAGGACGGCAUUUAUCACAUUUUUACUCCCGGUCCACAAGUGGCACGCCAUGUUACGGUUACCAUCCGCUUUCGACCGAUGGCGACGACAUGAUAUUCCUGGGAAAGCUGCCAAGCGUGCGUGCACGUUCGCUCGGU